UCACUGUUAUAAGUCAAUUUAAAAAUCUAACCAUGGGUGUAUUCCACAACGCUGAAAUGGCUGUGGACCGGGCACUGGUCGACUUCACGGCCUGGAUGUAUGGGCGCCAGAGUUUUGUGUUUUAUUGGCUGCACGAGUACUGGGAAGAGGGCGUUGAUCCGCGCACUCGGGGCUACUUCUUGGUGGACAUGUCGGCUAUAACUAUGGGCGCAAUACUCCUAACGUAUAUCAUUCACGUCGUGUUUCUCAUACCAUAUUUGAUGAAAAACCGAAAGCCUUUCGACUUAAAGCGGGUUAUCAUUGCUUACGACGUGUUACUGGUAGCGAUAAACGGAUAUUUCUGGGUAUACGCCCUUGCUCAUUUUUCAGACCUCUGGAAUUUUUCAAAUCCCAAAAAUGAUACGUCCGAUAAGGCGAUGGCAUUCAUAAAUACGGCUCAUUUGUAUUAUUUGUCAAAAUUAAUCGAUUUGUUUGACACGUAUUUCAUGGCACUGAAGAAGAAGAACUCUCACAUCUCGUUCCUACACGUGUGG